AUGGUUGACCCACGCCCUACCAUCAAGAACGCCGACAUGACGGAGGAGAUGCAGCAGGAGGCUGUUGAGUGCGCCGUCCGCGCCUUUGAAAAGUAUACUGUCGAAAAGGAUAUCGCCGCAUUCAUGAAGAAGGAGUUUGACAAGAAGUACGGCGCCACCUGGCAUUGCAUCGUCGGACGUAACUUUGGAAGCUACGUUACCCAUGAGACCAAGCACUUCAUUUACUUUUACUUGGAUCAGAUCGCCAUCUUGCUCUUCAAGAGCGGAUAA